CGGGAACAGCAUUCAAAUUUGCGCUGUCCAGUGCUCAACUUCAUAACUCACUUGCUUGUUUUCUGUGUUAUAUGUUAUUUGUGGAGAUGCAAGUUUGAGUCGUUGCCACAAUGCAGCAACAGGCUCUGGUUCCAGGGGAAGUGAAUGUAGAGACGCUGCUUGAGAAGAUCACAGUAAUACGAGGGAAGAACAUACCUUUCUUUCGCCCGAAGCGCGCACUUCUUACCACUGAAGCAUCUUUGGUAAAGCAUGUCCUAUACAUGCUUCAAGGGUUUGCUAGUCUGCACUUCCCGUGGGAUGAAGUUAACCAGAGAUUUUCAAUCGAGCAAGGCCUCCAUGUCUCACACCUUUCAAUAUCGAGUCUCUUCAACUUGCUUACGCCAUUCACAGCUGCAGCUACCUGCUUACGAAGAGUGGAGAUUUUUGUUAAGAAGGUGGCAGCUGAAUCUACUGGCAGCUGGUUAAAGUCAAGAUCUCACACUCUACCAACACUGGAGGCUUUCGCUAAUGCUGUAGCUAUGCGUCUUGAGUGUUUGCGCAAGCCUGCAUUGGAGAAGGAAUUAGAGGCAGUUGCUGGUGGAGCAGGAACAUCAGUUACGCUUUUGAGCCUCUUGGCAAGCAUGUCCUGGGUGUUUGCAGGGGCUGAGUUCCUGAUGGCUGUCGUGCUGAACGCUGUACCGGAAUUCGAUCUCCUCUACAGCAAGAGGAGAAGUGCAGCAGAGGUUGCAGCUCAUAUUUUGACGUCACUAUAUGAUCAACUUAAUGACAUUUGUCUUCUGGAGGAUGGGGAGGAAGAGGCAUACCGGACAAUAUUGCUGCUCUUCGUAGGCACUCUACGACCGCUUACCAAAUCUUUGGAUGCUUGGUUACAAGAAGGCACUCUUAGCGACCCAUCUGGAGAGCUUUUUUUUUAUGCAGAUUACGGCGUCCCCAUUGAGGAUUCUGCAUUUUGGCAGCGAGGUUAUCAACUGCGACGGAAAACUAAAUCUGAUGCUGAAAAACACUCAAAUCCAGGACACACUUUUUCGAACGAACACUCUACUGGAACUUCAGAGAAUAUUCUCUUGAGCCAGAAGAGUUCCUCUCGGUCAACUCUGGAGCCUGGCAGUCCAAGUCAAGUACUAUCAAGCCCAAAGGUGCCAAGAACUGAGUUGACUUGGGGGAGUUCAGCUCAUGAGAUAGAAGACCUCAUAUGCCCAAUAUUUUUACAAUGCCUUGCCAAAACUGUGGUGUCCGCUGGAAAGUCACUUCAGUUGCUUCAACAUGUUUGUCGAGGGAAAGGUGAAGGAGAACGUCUGCCCGCAUCGUACUCGUCUACAGCAUCCCCUUCCCUUCCUCAUACACCCUUUUCUCUGGUGAGCCAGGAGAAUUCGUCAGCUGGAGGAGAGGCAUCCACUGGGCUCCCAUCUUCCCACCCACUUCAUGAAAACAUCUUUCCGAACUUCACUGAGGAUCUAUUUCCUGACCCAGGGGAGCUUUCUACUCAACAGUCGCAAGUACCUCUCUAUGAAGAAUUAUGUACCUCAUUACGGAGGCUUGUGGCCCGUGACUGUACCAGGCCAAUUAUUUCAAGCUUAGAACCAGAUGACGAAACAAUUGACUUAGUGGGUACGAAGCCAGCAUCAAAGUCAGGGAAUUAUAUGGAGACAUUCUAUGAAAUACAGGAAGCAAGACGUCGACAUAAGGAGCUUCGGUAUAUAUGGAGUAGGGAACAACUCAUCGAGGAUGAUCAGAACAGGGACGAAGCCUCUUUGCAUGAGACUAAUCUCACACCUCAUCCAGAUGGGCAAUCUAUAAGAUUCCAACUGUCUUCCUAUAGUACAUUAUGUACCACCGCUAGUGGCAACGACCAAGAACGGCAUCCUAAUCUUGUCUGUGAUCAGGGAUCAGAAGUUGCUAAGCUGCAGUAUCAAUCAGGAUCUAUCAGAUUGCAGAGUCCAACAGGUUUUCAAAAUGAUUUCCAACCAACAUCUUUCAAUGUAAGCAAGCCACAAUCAUCUACUGCUGGUUUAUUUUCCGCUUUAAAUGCAGACAGUGUGGUGGAGGUGUCUGAAGAGGAUUCAUGGCGUAUGAAGCUAAGCGCGAACACAAACAGUCAGCUCCCUCCCUUGAACGACUCAGAGCUGUGGGAAAGUAUAUUCGCUAUAGAUGAGUUUGACGAGAACCAGGAUGUUGAAGCUAGUGCAAGUUCCCCUGACAGUGUUUUAGAUGACCAAUCUGGAUUCAGAAAAGGCAGAGGAAACAAAAACGCAAGUCAGAAGCCAAGAGAUAGAUUAGUGGUCGCCACCGAUUAUAGUCGUGGUGAGGGAUGUGGCAAACUCGUGUCCACGCUUUUUGGGGAGGACCUGAAAGUAAUGGAGCGUUUAAUGCACAGCUCAACUGAAUUGCCAUCUUUUAAGGAAAAGAAAGAAAUUUCAGAGUUUAUUGCACCACAUCAGCACAAUCAAAUGGCUGCUCAAAUGCUGGAUUGGCUUCAACAAGUGGAUUUUAAAACUACUCCGUCUCCUGCUGUUCUUGUGCAAGAGUGCUUGAUCCUCUCCAUCGAAAGACGAGUACAUUCAAUUGGUCAGCAAUUGUUAGAAAGGUUGAUGGGAGAGUGGCGCCUUGUAGAAGAGCUUGCUCUUCUUCGUGCUAUCUACUUAGUAGGCUCUGGUGAUUUAUUACAGCAAUUUGCAUCUGUCCUUUUCAACAAACUGGAUCGAGGGGAGAGUUGGGACGACUAUUAUGAGCUUAACACCAUGCUCCAGGAAUCCGUGAGAAGCUCUGCUCAUGGUAUGACCUCUCCUGCACUUGAAUCAUUAGUGGUUUCAGUGGAGUCAGGCCAACUCACGCUUGGAAACUCUCCGAGCCCAAUUCGCGGUUACAACACAAUGCCACUUCAGGUUACUGGUCGAAGUCCAACUGCUUCUAUCGAUACUCUGGAUUCUCUUCGGUUCUCUUACAAGGUUGCGUGGCCAUUAGAACUUAUUAUAGACAGCAAUGCCAUCAAGAAGUAUAACCAGGUUAUGACUUUCUUGAUGAAAGUAAAGCGAGCCAAGCAUGCCCUUGAUAAAGCGUGCCGCUGGACAUGGAAGAAUGGAGGUGGUGACGCCGCCCAUCACAAGCAGCGCUUAUUGUUACAGCAGAAAUUGAUGCAUUUUGUCAAUACUCUGCACCAAUAUGUCAUGGACCAAGUUUUAUACAGUUCUUGGCUAGAGCUUUCUGAGGGCAUGGCUUCGGCAGGAUCACUUGAUGAAGUCAUUGCCUACCAUGACGCCUACCUGGUAUCUAUUCAGCGACAGUGCUUAGUUGCUCCAGAUAAACUGUGGGCUCUUAUUGCUGGUCGGGUCAAAGCUAUACUGGGGCUUGCGCUGGAGUAUUACUCAAUUCAGAGGACUUUAUGUGAUGGAGUAGCAGCUCCUAACACAACUGCUCGAUGUCAGUCUGACCUAGAGCGUGUGGAGCGCCAAUUUUACGAGUGCAUGGUUUUUCUUUUACGAGUCCUAUCUUUCAAUCUAAACGUGGGCCACUUCCCGCACUUUAGCGAUCUGGUGACUCGGAUCAACUACAAUCACUACUACAUGACACCUGACCGCCAGAUCUUGACUCCAAUUCCCGACACUCAAGCUCACUUGUCACGGCGACCUACUCGUCGAGUUUGAUCUGCUCGUGCUGGUCUUCAAAUUCAAUGUCGAUUGCCGUCUGCUUUUAGACAAUCCCAGUAUAUUCAAACCCAUGGAUGUAGCCCAGCUGCAUGUACAUACGUACCAAUUUAGGUUACUCAGGUUAUUAAUUGAGUUAUUUUCUAUAGAAUGAGGUAUUAUCUGAUGAUGAUACAUUUUUCAGAUUUAAAUUUGAGUAAAGUAAUAUCGUAAUUAAUGCCAUUGAACAGGUGUA